AGGCACGACAUACUAUUUGACUUAUAAAUUCUGCUACACAUCUAAGAUGGAACCUCAACCGUCCACAUAGUUCCCAAAGUUUUUUCACCAAACGUCCCAAAGCCGCAGUCCGUGUUUUUACUUCACUACAUCCGGUGGUGGAGAAAUGCUACUUCACUACUUCCGGUGGAGAGAGGUGACAUUUCAACCUCCUUAAAAUGGUUCGUCUACACAGUUGCUCCCUAAGUGUUUGUUGAAAUGUCCUGUCUUGGUUUGCAUUGGGAUCCUUAAUUCCCUCUUUGCUGGUGUUGUCUGAAUCAUAAUACUAUAGUUUAGACACCACCACUCAAGGUCCCUUGAGAUCGUAAAUUUAUCUUACUGAUCAGUUUAACCAUGUCUACUGUAAAUGACGACACAUCUCCAAUAAUGUUUCCUUAAUACUGCUUGAGUAGUAUUUCAAGACUUAUCUUUCUAAAGUCAAUGCUAGUGGAUGACUUUCAUUCUUAUAUAAUGAAAGAUAAUCUCUCCAUUUCUCUGCAACUUCCACCAAGAUUUUUAUAAGGCAACUUUUCGCAGGCAAGAAAGGAAGAAGAUAACAAACUGCCCAUGGAGGAGGUAGAUGUAGAGACGAGAGGUAGCAUUGCCUUCUUUUCAACUUAUCGACCACCUGUGCCGCUUGACAUAUUUUCUUGCCCGAUUCCACCAACAUCGAGUCGAGAUGAACUUAGCAUGACUGAUGGGAACUCCUACAAUUACAGCGGCGCCCAGAUCCCACCUGAAGCCCUUAUGAAAAUUUUCACCUAUACAAGUUUGACCGGCUAUCGCACCAAGGAUGAUGUAGAUAAGGGUCGUAUCACAGGCAUGAUUUUUGUAUCUGAACGAGACAACCUUGAAUUGCUUUACAUAUCUAUCCGUCAGAACGACGUCAACCCACCCAGUGAAAUAGUCCACAGCUUGGCCGAUAUUUUCCGUAAAUCACCUUUCGAUGGUGUUCGAAUGGAAGACACUGGUUGCUUUGCCGAUAAUCAUCUUAUCUAUGUCAGCACCAAGGAACGAGCUACUGAACGUCGUCAGCCUUGGACUGCUGUUUAUAAGACCGAUCUAAUGACUGGAGAAACCGGCCGUCUCACACCACGAGAUCAUGCUGAUUUGAGCCCCUCGGUAUCCAAGUGUGGAAAGAAGAUAGCUGUGGCGUCUUUUGAGGGAAAUGGAGGUUGGGAUGGAGCAAUCGAAGACCAAAGGACUGACAUUUAUGUCAUGAAUGUAGAGGAGCCUUAUGAUCGCAGGUUGGUUGUAAAGAAUGGGGGUUGGCCGACUUGGGGAAGUGACAACAUCAUAUUCUUCCAUCGCAAGGGUGAAAGUCGUUGGGGUGUGUACCGAGCUGACAUUGCCAAUGGUGGUGUUAUUCCAGUAACCCCAGACAACAUUGAUGCAUUCACACCGGCAGCCAUUGACGCCACCAGUGUAGCUGUCGUAACUAUUCGCCGGAAUUCAGAGGCCGGUGAUGUCAAUGACGGAGCACAAUAUCGACAUAUCGAGAUAUUUUGCACAGCAGAAGAACAAGAGCCAAUCCGAAUCACUCAAGUAACUUGUCCAACCACUGACCAUUUCAAUCCCUUUGUGAUAGUGGAUCCGAAGAGUGGUGAUAGGAAGCGGAUCGGCUACCAUCGUUCCACGAGUGAAGCUCUCGACAACGACGAAGGAGAGAUCAAAAGGCAGUUUCAAAUUGUCACUUCUCCGGAUCCGGAAAUAGGACUAUUCAGGGUGGGCGGAGGAUUUCCCACAUUUUCCAAGAACGGAUCCAGGCUUGCAUUUGUUGACAAUGAUUUCAAAAUUGUCUGGGUACUUGACAAAGGAAAGCUAAAUAUAGCUUGCGAGCUAUAUGAAAACAGUGUUUUUUCGCCAGUUUGGGACCAAAACGAUAGGAGCGACAAACUGUAUGUUUGCAUCGGACCUUCCUUCAGCGCUGUUGAAACGGUAAACAUCUUCGUCAUCCAAAAGGUGUCCCAUUAUAAACGGCAACUUGAACCACUCACAGAUGGGUUCAAUAAUGCCUUCCCAUCAAGCAGUCCAGACGGGAAACACAUAGUCUAUCGGUCAACAAGAGACGGAUACAAGAAUCUAUACAUAAUGGACGCAGUAAAAGGGGUGACGGAGGGAAGGAAGCCGAGAAGGCUAACAGAUGGGGAUUGGACUGACACACAAUGCCAAUGGUCUCCCAAAGGAAAUUGGAUAGUUUUUUCGUCAAAUCGUGAUAAGCCUCCAGGUACACCAGAAAAGGACCAUGGUCUUGACUCAGGAUACUUUGCUGUGUAUCUGGUGAAUCCGAAUGAUCCGACUGUGGUUGUAAGAGUGAUAGCAAGUGGAAAUGAUUUAGGGGGGCAUGUAAACCAUCCAUUCUUCAGUCCAGAUGGACUUAGCAUUGUUGUGACUUCAGAUCUUGCUGCAGUGUCUGUUGAUCCCAUAUCUUUGCCGAUCAUUACCCACUCAGCCAGGCCUUAUGGAGACAUCUUCACGUUCGACAUUGACCCAGUUAACAUAACGGAGAACGACGACAGGGUGAAACCAAAGGUGUUCAACCGCAUCACACACAGUAGAUUUGAAAAUUCAACAGGUACUUGGACAAAUUCGCCGGCAAGGAAAGUAAAAGCAUCACGGGAUCUUCUUAAUGAUGAAGAACUCAAGGAGAAAGAUUUCACAAAGGUCGCUUGUCCAUAUCGUGGUGGGUGUAACUGACAUCAAGUGUGUGCCUGCAGAGCAUUUUCCCCUUGGAUUCAAACAAACAACAACUGCAUUCUACCUCAUUUUAUUGUCAUUGCGUUCUUUAUCUUUUUUUUUUAUGUUACAAAGUUUUUUGUGCUCAUAUGCUAUGUUUUCUUUUUGUUCCAUCAUGUUACAAUUGCUACCAUUUGAUAUUCCAGAUGCAUUAGCGGUUGUGGCCUAUGUAACACGCGCACUGUUGGUGUCCAUUCCAUCUUAUUUAAAGCGAAUAAAACUGUGUUUUUGUGUUUCGGUCU